AUGCACCUCCUUCCGCUGGCGCUACCGACGCUCCUCCUCGGCGUCGCCGUUGGUCAGUCCGAUGAUCCAUCUUACCUCGGGUGCUUCUCGGAUCCUGCUGAGAACCGCGUCUUCGAAUGGCAGUCUUCUACCUCUGCUAUGACCGCAGACGUGUGUUCGGAGCUCUGCUCUGGGUCGGACUUCUAUGGGACCCAGUAUUCGACAGAGCGACAAACAUCGCACGCCGCUCUCGCAACCACGACGCUCCUCCACACCUUUGACGCCACCACCAAAAUCAUUCCGAACGUACGUCGUUCGUUUCAAUUCAACAAGUGCUGGUGCGGUGACAACGUCGGAUACGCCAUCAAUGGCCCCGGCGACUGCGCCAUGCCCUGCUCCGGCAACUCUGACGAGAUCUGUGGCGGGUCGUACGCUCUCUCCGUCUACUCGAACGACCCCGACUACCUUGGGUGCUGGAGCGAUCCCCACUCGGCGGAAACGCGGCUGUUUCCCAUCCUGAUCGACACAUCGGACGACAUGACUACUGCGGUGAGCGACCGGCACAUGUGUGCAGCAGGCUAGAGACUGAUCGUCGUACAACGCGCCCAGUAGUUGGGUUCGGGGUCCGUCAUUGUGCAUUGUGUACAUUUUCCUUACUCCCUGAGGCUACCGUGAUGUGCCGCAUAUUGGCGUCAAUCCGUACUUGGGGCGUGAAGAGCCGAAGACUACAUUAGGGACUCCAAAAGGGUCUGCGAAGGCCUCUGCGCCAAUUAUGCGUAUUACGGGACGCAGUAUGGAACCGAGGUGAGAUGAGCGUUUUCCUUCCUCUGGCGAGAAUUGUGUGAGCGAGACGCCCGUGGGUCGUCACAGGCUGCGACUUCGCCAUUCAAGUCAGGAGCCCUCGGAGGCGUCACUAGACCUGCCCGUUCCGAGUGAAGAAUGAGGCUCUGUCUCGUUCACUAUGUACGCUAGUUUAAAAGGAAACCUCCUCCUUAGCACAUGCACCGCGAGGAUAUUGACAUGCUUGCGGACGGACAAGCCAUUGCUUCAUGAUCGGGUUCCAAGUUUGCACUGGCUUCAGUGAGAAAGGGGACAGCGUGCCAGACCGAAACAGAAACAUGGCGGGAUCGCUUUCGCUGUUGUAGACUACUUGCACACAGAUGUACUGUAGUACAGACACCUAUACGAUCCUGGUGCGCGCGGCAUC